AUGUCAAGAGUUACCAGGUCCCGAGCUCGGAGUGAAACUCCGCAAACAGUGGUGACUGAUUUUUUCAAGACAACAAGGAAACCGAGAUCACGAGGAGAGAAAAAGUUAAUUGAAGGUACCGUACCUCUUGAACGUCGAAUUGAAGCGAAACUUGUGACAGUAAAAGAAGAACAGGAAACACCCGCUUCGUUCGAUAACGCGCCCAUUGCUCCCGUAUUCAAGAAAAAGGAAUCCCGUACUCGAGAGCGGACUCCAACUCGCCAAGCGGAACUUUCAACUCCAGAAGUGACGGGAACACCUCCCAAGAAAUCUAGGGAAGUUACUGCUCAAGGAGAAGAAGCCCCAUGUCUUCCGAUCGACGCUCAGGACAUUGUUCUCGAGAAUGCGACCGUAGAAAAGUCAGCCUUAGAUGAAUUAAUGGAAGCAUCCGGACCUAGAAAAAAGAAAACAGGGAUAAGAACUGUGGCAGAUUUGCAAGCGAGAUUGGCUGCCAAAGGAGCUGCAAAGGCAAUCCAUGCACAGAAUUCAAAGAACAAAGCAAAGGUGGUCGAGGAACACGCUGAAAUGCUGAAAUCGCCAAAGAAGAAAAUAGUUGAGUCAUCAUUGUCGCCAUCAAAGUCAAAGAGUGCUCGUGCAUUGUUCACUCCGAAAAAGUCUGUACCCGAUUAUGUCGUUCCUGGAUUCAACAUGCAAAAAUCCGCCGAGAAGAUUCGCGAGGAACAAGACGAUGCUCAUGAGGAGGAAGGGAAAAGAAUGACGGCUGAAUAUUUGAAAGUUUCCAAGCUAACAGAAGAAGUAAAAGAAAGUGCACGCCAACGAAUUGAGCUUCCUUCUACAUAUGCACAUCUCGCCGACUCAUUCAAACGAGUAGACCAAAUCGCAUCCAUUUUUAUGGGCCAAAACAGAACUUGUUUGGCUUCUGAAUUGUUCAAAAGUGUUAGAACGACUUCGGGAAAAGAUUUUUCUGAUGAGCAUCUAUCUCAAAUUCUUCAUGUGUACCCUGAAUCCUAUCAUGUAGAAAUGCGUGAGCAGCGGAGAGCGUUCGGACAAGGUGGCAAGUAUGAAUUAGAAGUUCGACCGAAUCUUGUCGAUGAUUUACGGGGAUAUGUGGUUGAGAAGGCACAAUCUCUAGAUGAUGACGACGUGCCUCUUGUCUGCCCUUCUAAAUUACUUUCUCCUAAAAAAAGCCCAAGAAAGAAAGUUCAACCGGUUCCAAGGAAACCCGAAAUAGAUGCCCGGGUUCGACUUGAUUGCCAAAUAUGCACAACUUGCAAAGAUUACAUCCUCUGUUUCGUCUUGAAAAACACUGUCCAAUUCUGCCAAAAAUCAAGCUUCCUGAGCCGCCGAUUCAGAAAAAAGCAAAUCGACUUGGAGGAAGUCUCAUUGCCGUCUUCUGUUCAGAGGAUCAUUUCGGAUCUGAAAAGUCCUAAAAAAGCCACGACAUCGGGUGAUGUGCCGUUGUCUCCGAAGAAGUUUUCUGAAAUGCAGAAAGAACAGAAAAGCAAGGGAUCAAUGUCCUUGUUGGAGAGAAUCCGCGCUAAAGAAGCUAUCAAAAAAGCAGCCGAUGCAUGUGUCGACAAGGAUUUAGAAAGAAGAAAGCAGCGUCUGACACUACUGAAAGAACGAUAUGUACGCAUUGUCUGCAAUCAUUACACCGCCAAAAGGGCGCAGACGAUGGAAAUGGAGACGAUCGCCAAAUUUGUACAGUUUAGUUCGUCAAAUCCCACGACUAUUCCGGACAUCACCGAUCAUUUGAAGUUGAUGUGUGAGGUUGCACCGAUGUAUAUCACUGAAGCUACUUUCAUGAAUAAAAAAUACCUCCGCUUCAACGAUAACAACAUUGAAGCUAUCAGUGAGAUUCUGGUCGAGGAGCUUGACAAGACACAACAAAAGAUUGAUGCUCAAAGAAAUAAUCAAGUUUCUCAAAUGAGUCACACACCCAGGCCGAAGGCAGCCAGAGCUCUGAAGUUUGCCUGA